CCUGGCCUCGGACACUUCCGGGGACGUUCCCGGCGGUUUCCCGGCGUCCCGGUUGUGAUUCCAUGCGUUUUCCAUCCCUCUCCAGCGCGAUGCAGCCGCCCCAAGGCCGUGGCCAACGCCCACAUCGAGGUGGGGAACAACACGGGGCUCCACUCCCUGCUGCGCUACUCCUGCGACCCGGGAUACAAGCGGAAAGCCGGCACUUCCAACCUCAUCCAGUGCGUCCUCCGGGAUGGAUCCGCCCGGCCCGGCUGGACCGACCCCACGCUCCAGUGCAUCCGAGACCCGGCGGCUCCUCCUCCACAAACCCCCGUCCCUGCGAUCCCGACGGAGCUGCGCACGGAGAGCACCACCCGGAGGGGAACCAGCCCCACUUCCAGCCCUUCUCCGGCGGGAAAGCCUGGAGCUGACGGGACACCCCCGGAGACAUCCAGGCCCCCGGAAACAACCCCGCUGCCCCCCUCGGACAAUGGCACAGGUUGGGAUGCUUCCCAUGGGAAUAUAACACCCCUCCCCCAGGGAUAA